ACCAGCUCUGGUCACACUUUGCUCAAAUUUAUAAACAAAUCUGCACCGGCGAAAACUAUUUGCUUGUAUUAUGGAUUUUGUCUACUAGUUUUACCCUACCAAAAGGGUAUUUUGUGUCAGAGAACCCCUUUAGGUGUCCCUGAACCUUCCCAACAUGACGGCAAGUCUCCAGCAAAGCGGAAUCAUAGAACUGCCAGAGGAGGCAUGUGACUUGGAGCGCAGUUUGCUGGGAGGACAGAGCUUCCGCUGGCGUUCCAUAAAAGCUGAAAAUGGCAAGACCAAAUACUGUGGAGUCGUUUCCAACAUCUAUUGGGUGCUCCAGCAGGAAACUUCCCACCUAACAUACGAGGCAUACGCGGAGGCCAAGUCCGGCUUUAAAGUGGACUAUAAAUCUGUGAUAGCCAAGUACCUGCGUGCUGAUUUUAAACUAAAACAGCACCAAGCCGAAUGGACAAGCAAAGAUGAGAAUUUUGCCAAAUUUGUGGGCAAGCCAGUGCGUGUUCUUUCCCAGGAUCCCUUGGAGAACAUAAUAAGCUUCAUUUGCAGCCAAAACAACAAUAUUAAGCGAAUUUCAGCAAUGAUCCAAUGGUUUUGUGCCACUUUUGGCACCAAACUGGGCCAUUUUAAUGGCUGCGAUGAGUUUACAUUUCCCACAUUAAAGAACUUCGAAGGCUUCGACUGUGACAAAUUAAAUGCCCAACUUCGUGCCGCUAAAUUCGGCUAUCGGGCUAAAUUUAUAGCCCAGACUUUGCAGGAGAUACAAAAACGUGGUGGCCAGAACUGGUUUAUCGAGCUCCAAAGCUUGCCCUACCACGAGGCGCGUCAGGAACUGGCACAGCUGCCGGGCAUUGGCUUCAAGGUGGCCGACUGCAUUUGCCUCAUGUCCAUGGGUCAUUUAGAGGCUGUGCCCGUGGACGUGCACAUAUACAGGAUUGCCCAGAAAUACUACCUACCACACCUGAGCAGUCAGAAGAACGUCACAAAAAGGGUUUACGAGGAGGUUUCCAAUUACUUUCAAAAGCUGCACGGAAAGUAUGCAGGUUGGGCUCAGGCGAUCAUUUUCUGUGCUGAUUUGGGACAAUUUCAAGAGGAUCAAAAAUCUAAAGGCAAAGCAAAUUCAAAGAAAAAGGGCUUGAAAUGUUAAAUCUAUGGGUUUAUAUAUGGGAAAAAUCUGAAAUCAGUAAACCGAUUUAAGA